GGCUAUAAUAUAAUAUCCACUUAACACCAGUUAAAUCGAAAAUUUUAGUAAUUGGCACUUACACAAAUGUAACAAAUUUCCGCGUAAUGUAACAUUGUUUUUUUUUUUUCGUAUCAAUUCCAAGGUACUUUAAUUUUCGACACGUUCGAUGUGCAAAGAUGAUGCUGGAGCUUGCGGAGCAGCCCAAAUCCUCGUUGUCGCCCAUCAAUACCGAACCGAACAGCUCCAAGGUGCAGGCUGCCCAAGCUGCCGAAGAGCCGCCCACAGAGCUCGUUAAUAUCGUCUCCUGCGAAACGGUGAGCUCCUCGCUGGGGAGCUGUGAACGCAUACAGACACGUUGGACUGACUGGGUAGCCCGUAUCAUAAGUUGGACAGACGAGCUGGGCCAGUACGUGCGACAGUUUCUCGCCUAUGUGGCGGCGAAAUUCCGCUCAGUUUUCCUUCCGGGCGAUAAUUUCAUAUACCGGGAGCCGCCCCUAUCGAAUGAAAGUAGAAUCCAAUUGGAGACAGUGCCGCGCAAGACACUGAUACUGGAUCUAGAUGAAACUCUGGUACAUUCCUGUUACCUGGACCCGGAGACCCACGAUGUGGUUGGCUGUACUUUUGUGCCCGAAACAGCCGUGCCCGAUUACAUAUUAAACAUACCGAUCUUAGCCAACCUAAGUCCGAUUGAAUUCCAGGUGUUCAAGCGGCCAUACGUUGAUCUAUUCCUCGACCUGGUCAGCAAAUGGUAUGACGUGGUCAUCUAUACUGCCAGCCUGCAGGCGUAUGCCAGCAUUGUGAUCGACAAACUGGACGCAGGACGUGGCAUCCUGCAGCGACGCUUCUAUCGUCAGCACUGUGUCAACACGUCAUCGUUGGUCAGCAAGAAUCUAUUUGUGGUGAAUCGGGAUCUGAAUAGCGUCCUCAUCAUCGACAACUCGCCCAGUGCGUAUCGGGAUUUUCCGGAGAACGCUCUGCCCAUUAAGAGCUAUAUCUACGAUCCGAACGACCGGGAGCUGCUCAAUCUGCUCCCAUUCCUCGACGCGCUGCGCUUCACGAAGGAUGUUCGAUCGAUUCUCAGGCGACGUGAACUCACAUCCCUGAUCAACUCAGAAUAAUUCACACAUACACACACAAAUACAAAUAUAACUACAACUACACAUACAUAUAUUGUUACACCCACCAACUGCCAUCAAGUGGCCCGAGCUAACAGCGCUAACUGCGCCCAAGCCAUUCACUCGGGAUUGGCAAUACACAUGGAUCAUUUAAAUUUCAGUUCAGAACAAAUAAUAAAAACACUUUUUGUUGUC